AUGGUGACCGCCGCAACGACCGCCGCGGUGGCUUCCGAGGUGCUCCGGUUUGAAUGGCAAUUCGCGUACAUACGAAUGCUCAUUCUGCUCUUCAAGCUUCCAUCGCAGAGACGCUCUCCUCAGGCACUGGCGGACGUGCGCCGAAAGGCUCAAGUCCGGCCUCCCUCCUCCGAGCCUGCCGGCAGGCAAGCGGGGUCGGAAGCAAAACGCCUGCGCGCGGUGCGCGCGCCUCAAGAAGAAGUGCAGCGGCACCCAACCCUGCAACAUCUGCGUGAAGCAGGGCCACGACUGCACCUAUGCCCGAGGCCCCGCAAGCGUCGCCUCCUCCUCCUCGUCGAGCGACUCCCCGGCUUGACGCCGCCUCCCGGCCCCGGCCCCGAGCUCGACGGCGCGACCAUCGAGCUGCCGCCCCGAUUCUUCGACGACGCCUCCUCCUCUGCGAUUAUGAUACCCCAUACCUCAACACAGUGGCUCGACGUCACCGGCCUCGACGCCGCUCAGCAGCUUCACCUGUCGAUAUCCCCCUUCCUGUCCGCUCGACUACGAUUCGUCGUCCGGUUCACGUCCACCAACUGCAUCGCCGACGCCUUUGGUUGUCUAAACUCGGCGCUGAGGAAGCAGAUCAUGGCCAUGACGCCGCCUACCCUCGGAAUGGCGCCGUCCACCCAGGGCCUCGGGUUGAAUUUGGGCUGGGAGCAACCCAACCUCGCCGUGUCCCUGGGGUCCAUGGACCCUUUGAGCCAGCAGCAAUACCUGCUCGCCGACGUAAACACGAUAUUCGGGAAAUCAUCCCUCUCCAUGAACCUGGACAAGUUCAUCGCGGCGUUUUGGCUCUUUUGGUCCCCCAACUGGCCCGUCCUGCAUCGGCCGACCUUUAACGCCACCGAGCGGUCCUCGAGGCUCGUCGCCGCCCUCGCCGUCAUGGGCGCGUGCCUGACCUCGGAGAAGAGCGACCGGCAGCAGGCCCUCGGCUGGAUGCCGUCCAUCGAGGAUUGGGUCUUUGCGAAUGCGUACCUCAGCGACCAGCCCAUCCCCCACACCAUGGAUGACAUGGAGCUCGCCCUUAUCCAAGGCCGCAUCGAGGCCAUCCAGGCGGCCUACACCCUGCUGCUCAUGCUCCUCUGGGAGGGUCCUCUGCCGCGCAGGCCACGCGGGCGCGGAGGGUCCGUGUGGAAGAUGUUUGCCAUGCGCCAAGAGUGCGUCCGUGCCAUUCUCUACGUCUUCCUCAUCGACUGCGCCUUCAUCAUUUAUAAUAAUACGCCCCCGCGCAUGAUUAUCAGCGAGCUCCAGUACGAUACCGUGUGCCCGGAUUCCUGCUUCAACGCGCCCGAUCCCGACUCGUGGUGCGAGGCGAUGCGUCAGUGGGCCGAGACGGGGCCUGCGGCGUUCCUCUCGAUCGCCGACCUCAUCGAAACGAGCCUCAAGGAAGAUCUUACCCCUCCGGAAUGGGAUUCUCUAGAGCAAACAAGUCUUUUGAACUUGUUUGCCAUAGCAAGUGCCUUUCACAACCUCAUUUUCCAUCAUCAUAACGGGCCCGAAAGCCACAUCCGGUCCGACCGCGUGUCCCGCGGUCUCCGGAACUGGGUCAGGGUGUGGGGCGACCGCGAUCCCGUGCCCACCGAGAUCGACAGCGCCCACCCCGACCUGACGGGCCAGCCCGGGUUCAUCCGCUAUGUGCGCGAGUACUGGAGCUUGGCCGUCAUCUUCAACGACCAGUACGAAUACAGGAAACCCUUCCACCCGAAGCAAUUCGAGGGGAGCCACGGGGCGGCGCAGCGGAGAGGAGACGUCCGCUUGAUGCCGGAGACGGAUAGCUCCAACAUGUCACCCAUUCACGAACUUGUCGUGCGGUUCCGGGACGUAGACCUGAGCUCGAGUUUAUGCUAG